CACCCUCACCAGUGGACCCAGCCCUCGGGCUAGACCUGAUGUCCGAGUCGACUGGAAACCUCAAUAAUCUCCGCAUGGCGAAUUUUGCUCUGAGAGAUGAGUUAAAUGCCCUCCGCGGGGAGAAUGCCAAUUUGGGCCUGCAGCUCGGAAGAGCCCUGGCCGAGGUGAAUUCCUUGCGGGGCAAUGUCUCGAGCUACAUCCGCUGGCCAGUGCCCUUGGGGCCCGUCCUUGCCGAGGAGGAGAACCUUGAGUUCCCGCUCGACGAGGUGGACGCUGUCCUGGAGGGAGAAGCGACCAUCCUGUUCUAUCCGCCCGGAAGCGCGGAGUCCGAUGAGGAGAACGCCCCUGAUGAACAGCUGAUGAGCGGGAUCGCCCCGUCACCCGACGGCGGCGAGUCCGAGUCCGAGUCCGAGUCCGAUGGGUCUGCGCCGCUGCCCCCGCAGGCACAGCCCCUGUCCCUGUCCGGGGGGAGGGACCCGGCCCCGCCGCCUCCUCUGCCCCCAUUGGAGCGGCCUGAGAUAGAGCCCUUUUCAGGAGACCCCGUCUACCUGGCCGAGUUCCUGAUGCAGCUCGAGACCUUCAUAGCCCACCACGAGGAUCAUUUCUCGGGGGGUGCUGAGCGGGUGGCCUUCCUGAUCUCCUUUUUCGCUGGUAGAGCUAAGGACUGGGCCGUCUCAGUCACCCAGGAGGGAAGCUCCCUUCGUACCAACUUCCCGCGCUUCUUGGAUGAGAUCCGGAAGGAAUUCUGUGGCCCCAUCCCCCCCAAUGUGGCUAAAAAGACCAUCCGCAAGCUCAAGCAGGGCAACUGUACCCUGGGAAGCUAUGCAGAUGCUUUUCAGUUCCUGGCCCAGUUCUUGUCUUGGGAUGACUGCCGCCUUCAAACUCAGUUUCUCAGAGGCCUGUCAGAAUUUAUCCGGAAGGAGCUCGUCUGGUCAACAGACAUGGCUGACCUAGACGAGCUGAUUCUAGAAUGCGUGGAGAUAGAAAGAAAAGUGCGCAUACCCAAGCCAGCACCACUGCCCGGGGUUCGCAAAGUCUUCUUCCCUUUUUCUGCAGAGUCUAAUGAUAAUGAGGAAGGAGAGGGCCAUGGUGAGGAUGAAGAUGCAGGGGGGCAUAGGGACAGGCUCCCCCAGAGUGACCAGCAGAGGAGUGUGAGAGUUGGUGAGCAAGAAUUGGAGGAGGAGGAGGCAGAAAUGAGGAAGGAGGAAGAGGUGAGAAAGGAGAUGGAGAUGAGACAGAAAGAGGAGGAGGUGGAAUACGAGACUGAGGAAGUAUACCUGGAGGAAUGUGAUGAAGAUGAGGAGGUGGAUGUGGAGAUCAUUAACAGUGAGGAUGAAGAGGAGAAUAACAGGCUGGGAGCAAAUCUUAUGCCUGUUAGGCGCCGGGAGGUAGAGCAGGAGCCAGAACUAGAGGAAGAGUCAGAGGAUGAGACCCAAGAUGAUUACCUAGAAGAGAUGAUGGAGAUGCCACCGACCUAUGCCAAUGCCUCGUCCCAGACUACUGACUUCUACCAAGAGUCCCAGACGGCUGACUACUACCACGAGUCCCAGACGACUGAUUUCUACCAUGAAAACUUCCUGGAUAUCUCGCCUCCCGUCAUUCAGUCCAGCAGACGAAGGAAUCAGAAUCGCGUCCCACUUCUGGAGGGCCUUCCAGGUGUGAAUUCACCAUUCUACAGCUCACCACCACUCAUCCGCCGUGCAGGUCGCCUAGGCCAUCGCCAAACCCGAAGACGUCCCCCGGUGCUCUUCCGCCUCACCCCCAGACAGGGGGGUCACCGAGCUUCAAGGGGCCGAAUUCGUGUGUGAGACAGUCACCCGGAACACACCCUUGUAGUCCCCCCACCCCUGCUAUUGCUGCCACACCUGCUCCAUUAUCUGACCAGUACUUAAGAGAGUUCCACACCUGCAGAAUCGGAAGACCCGGAGAACACCACACCACCUGGUAGUCAUGGCCACCAUAGAUGGCCAUAUGGGAAAGGGGAGGCAUCAGCAAUAGCUGAGCCCUUAAUGUGCGGUGCCCUUGGCUCAGUCCAGGUGCAGGGAGAGAGCAGGUUUUUUGCGUCAGUUUCUAUAAAUGAACUGGUCAGCUUGUUGCAUUUCUCUUCUAGUUGUUCUUAACCCUCACCUUAACCCUUCCUGUGCUUAUUCAUCUUGUGUUUUAUGGUUUAAUCCUCUGAUUGGCUCAUUAAGACUUCAUCCAGUGCCCCACUGAUCUGCCCCAGUGAGCAAAAAGACUGGCCACUCUGAACAUUUCCUAGAGCCACUGAGGCCACUUACUAGAUGUAAUGAAUGGAGAGUAGGAUGGUAUCAAGAAAGUGCCCAAAAGCCUCCACUUGCUUCAAGUCCCACCCAUAGCAGAGGGGCCUUGAAGAGGACCCCACCUCUAGCCCAGUGAGAAUGUGCAAGGCCAGCUGUCGAGUGGACAACUGACUGGGAUUUGUCCUUGACUGACUGCCAGCAGGUUCCGCUUUCCCACAGAUUCCAGGAUCAGGGCCCUUGAACUGGCUUGCCAAAUCUGGGACCCUCUCCUCUUAUCUUGCUGCCCUCGCAUGCCUCUUGGGUGAGCAGAACCUUGUGACUCUUUUCAUUGAUGUUGCCUAAAGGUCGGGGUAGGGAGGAAAAGAGGAAGAGAGGGAGGCAGGGCAGCAGCAACUCAUUUGGCAUUAUGUGGAGCUCUUCUUUCCUAAGGGAUGGUGGUCUCCAAGCUCUAGCUAGGACUUAGACUGCUGCCCCUUGACUCAGACAAUAGGAUUUCUUAGAUCCAAGAGGAGAAAGGAAGGUUCCUCCCACAGAGACUGCACCCAUUGCAGCCUGAGGCCUGGGGGCCCUCAAACCUCUCACUUGGGGUAUAAGCAAGGCCUGGUACUGGACUUUGAUUAGACUGUAAAUCUUGAGGGCCUGUAUGCCUCCUAAUAACUCCUGAGAUUUGGGGGCACAAAUCUAGGUACCCUUCUGUUCAGCUCUGCUUUGGGUCCAGAAAACACUGCUUUUGCAGUGAAGCCCACACACGUUACUCUGGCCACAGACCAUCAACUAGCCCCGUGGCUGGCCUGAACUGCCCUCAACACUGAGCCUCCUGCACAGUGCUUGGCAGCUGGGCAAGUGCAGCCAAAGUGUCUGUGGCCAGAGGGAAGAAAACAGAGUAAAUGCAGCCUUUGUUUUCUUUACUGCAAAUAACCUUAGUUCAGCCUUAGGAUUCUGAGCCAGGAGGCAAGAAGAUGGAGCUGGAAGAAGAGGAGACUUGAACAAGCCCAGUCCUCUGGCUGGUUUCUGGUGAGGUCUCUCUUCAUCCGCAGAAGUGAAUUCCUCAGGAGUUUCCAGAGUUCCAGAAGCAGAACUGCUCUUCUUCGAGGCUGUGGACCUUGACUGCUGACAGAUGAUAUGCUGGACCUGUUGCCUACUUCCCUGUAGGCUCCUUGCAUCCUCAUCCCCAACACCUUUCAGCAGAACAUCCUGCCUGUUCCCCUGGUAUCUCUCAUCCUGAGUGCUUGAAGCCUCAGCCAGGGAAAGGACAUUUGAGUACUGAGAUGAUUUCUGGGCCUCUGGUAGCAAGGGGUCUUAGAAUUCCCUUUGACCUUCUCCCUUCCCCCUUUUCUCAGAUCCUAAAUAUUUGUUGUGAUACAAUAUCCACAAUAGCUGUGAAAGGAAUGGUGGGCUUCGGGUACUUCCUUGGGUUUGAAAGAGGGGAAGAGGGAGGGUAAUGCAUGCAGAAGUAGAAAAAUAGUCCAAGGGGUCCCAGAAACUUGGGAGGAGACCAGUUUGUAAUAAAUGUGUUAAUUGUGGUGUUGUUGAAUUAUUGUGUUAAAAAGAUAAACUUUCUGUAUGCUAAAGCUUUCUCCUCAAUAAAAUUCAAAAGGGUGUGUAAAGA